AUGAAAGAAUUAAAAGUAUUAGAAGAUAUAAUAGGUUUAAAAUUUCAAUAUUAUAAUACUAUUAAUUUGAAUUCCUCCGUUACGGUGACUGGUCCACCAGACAGUAAUGGACCUGGUACUACGGGUACUAAUAGUACUAGGGAUAUUAAUACUUUAAAUAAUACUAAUAAUACUAAGGAUAUUAAUACUAGUAAUAAUUUUAGUGAAGAAAAUUCUACUAUCCAAAUUGCUGCACCUAAAGUAGGUACUACUGAGGAUACUAAGGGUAGUACUACUACUACUAAUGAGGAUAUUGGUACUGUAGGACCAGACACCGUAAUGGGAGUAAUAAUAUUAAAUAAAUAUAAUAUAAUAAUAAUAUAUAAUAAAAAUGAAAUAAAAUUUUAUAAUAUUAAUAAUAUUAUUAAUACAUUACAAUUUAAUAAUUUAUUAUUUAAAUUAUAUUUUAAUAAUAUUAUUAAUAUUAUUACUCCCGUUACGGUGCUUGCUCCCACGGCUACAGAUGUACCUGGUACUAAGGAUACUACCAUGGGAAAGGGAGCUAAUGACACUUUUACUACUCUGGGAAAGGGAGCUAAUUUUACAGCCAUGGAGUGUACUAGUGAGAAAAAUUCUAAUGAAAUUGCUGUUGUAACUAAAACUGGGGAGUCAGGUACUUUUUCCGUAGAUACUAAUUCUAAGGCUACUGAGGAUAUUGAGGUAGACCCUUUGGGGGCUGCCGUUGGAGCAAGCACCGUUACGGAAGACAAUAUAUUAAUAGAAUUAGAAGAAGAAUUAAUAUUAUAUAAUAUAAAAAAAUUAAAAAUAAUUUUAAUAUAUAAAAAAAUUAAAAAAAAAUUAUAUAAAUAUAAAUUAAUAAAUAAUUUAUUAAUAAUAAUUUAUGAAAAUAAAUUAAAAAUUUAUAAAAUUAAUCAAUUGAUUUUUUUUCAUCAAUUUAAUUUUAAUAUUACUUUUUUAUCCAAUUUUUUUCAAAAUUAUUUUAUAUUAAUUGAUCAAUUUAAUCAUUUAUAUUAUUUAGAAAUUUCCUCCGUUGCGGUGCUUGGUCAAGCAGAUAGUAAUGGUACUACGGCCAGUAAUGGUACUACAGCCAGUAAUGGACCUGAGGUUAGUAAUACUAAUAGUACUGAGGAUAGUAAUAGUAGUACUGGUACUAAUACUAAUACUACUAGUAGUACCAUUGGACCAAGCACCGUUACGGAGGAAAAUUCUAAUACCAGAUUUGCUGCUCCGGGAAAGGGAGCUAAUUUUACAGCCACCGAGUGUACUACCGGAAAGGGAGCUAAUUCUACAGCUAUGGAGUGUACCCCUGGAAAGGGAGCUAAUUCUACAGCUAUGGAGUGUACUACGGAGAAAAUUCCUAAUGAAAUUGCUGUUGUAACUAAAACUGGGGAGUCGGAUACUUUUUCUGAGUUAGCCCCUAUCGGUGCUGAUGGUGAUAGAGUGGUAUAUAUUGAAGAAGAUGAAGUAGUUGGAGCAAGCACCGUAAUGGUUAAAUUAAUGGAAAUAGAAUUAAAAAAUUAUGAAAAUUAUAAAAUAAUAAGUUUAUAUAUUUAUAAUAAUAAUAUAAUAAUAUCAUUAUAUAAUAAUAUUGAUUUCUUAUUAUUAAUUACUAAAUUAUCAAAUAAUCAAUUAAUUAUAUUAUAUUAUAGUUUUAAUGAAUUAUUUAUUGAAUAUAAUAAUAUGGAAGGAAAUUUGGGAGGAAAUUUCGAAGAAAAUUCGGUUAAUUUGGAAAAUUCUGAAAAUUUGGUUAAUUCUGAAAAUUUGGUCAAUUCUGAUGUGGACAAUUUGGAGAUAAAUUAUUUUUUAUUUGAGAAAUGGGAUAUAUUAUUAAUAUAUUCUAAUAAAUCUAUUUCUACAUUAUUAAUUACUAAUAAUAUUAAUCUUAUAAAUUAUAAUACUACUCCCGGAAAGGGAGCUAAUUUUACAGCCACCGAGUGUACCUCCGGAAAGGGAGCUAAUUUUACAGCCACCGAGUGUACCUCCGGAAAGGGAGCUAAUUUUACAGCCACCGAGUGUACCUCCGGAAAGGGAGCUAAUUUUACAGCCACAGAGUGUACUGGUGAGAAAAAUCUGAAUGAAAUUGCUGUUGUAACUAAAACUGGGGACUCAGGUACUUUUUCAGAGGAUAUUAAUACUAGGGAAUUAGGUGCUGCUACUGAGGAAACUGGUACCGUAGGACCAAGCACCGUAACGGACACCGUAACGGAGGAAUAUAUAAUAAUAAAAUUAUAUGAAGGAUAUAAUAUAGAAAGUAUAGAAUAUGAAGAUUAUAUAAAAUUAAUAUUAUUAUAUACAAAUUAUGAAAAUGAAAUUUAUAGAAAAAAUUCAUUAGCAGAUACACCAACAAUCAAAAAUCCAAAUGUCAUCUUCACAUUACAAAAUUCCAAUUCAUUAUCAAUAUAUUUUAUUGAUAUAUAUUUUGGUUAUAAUUUUACAGAACAUGUUCUUAGACCAGUUACGGUGUCUCCCGUUACGGUGCUUGGUCAAGCAGAAAGUAAUGGACUUACGGAUAGUAUUCCUCCUCCUAACAGUACUACUACUCUAGGAGCAAGCACCGUUACUGAGGAGAAAAUUCCUAAUGAAAUUGCUGUUGUAACUAAAACUGGGGAGUCGGAUACUUUUUCUAAGGAUAUUAUUAGUAAGGAUAUUAAGGAUAGUAAGGGUACUGAUGGAACUACUGGCCGUGGACCUCACACCGUAACGGAAGAAAAAUUAAAAUAUUUAUAUAAAAAUAAUGUUUAUAAAGAAAAUAUAAAAUUAUAUGAAUCAUUAUUAAAUAUUUUAUAUAAUUUUGAUAUAAAUACGGAAAAUUUUGAUAAUUUCGAUAGUUUAGACAGUACUGUGGAAAAUAUAGAGAAUACUGUGGAGAAUGUGGAAAUAAUGGAAAGUGUGGAAAUUAGUGUGGAAAAUAUAAGUUUGAAUAAAAUAAAUGAAUAUAUUAUUAUAAUUAAAAAUUUAUUAAAUAUACAAAAUAAUUUUAAUUAUAUUCUUGAAAAUAAUGUAACUAAUAAUACUUUUGAUACUCCCGGAAAGGGAGCUAAUAACACUUUUAAUACCCCGGGAAAGAGAGCUAAUUCUACAGCUAUGGAGUGUACCCCUGGAAAGGGAGCUAAUUUUACCCUUAUGGAGUGUACUCCUGGAAAGGGAGCUAAUUCUAUGGGUAUGGAGUGUACUAAGGGAAAGGGAGCUAAUUUUACAGGUACAGAGUGUACCACCGGAAAGGGAGCAAAUGACACUUUUGGUACUACUGUAAAGGGAACCCCUUUGGGGAGAUUGCUGGUUGGUGAACCUCACUCCGUAACGGAAGAAUUAAAAAAAUUAGUGAAUAAAAAUAUAAAUAUAAAAUUAGAAAUAAAUGAAAUAAAGAAAUUAGAAGAAAUUAUUUUUUAUAUAAAUCAACAAUUAAAAUUUUUAUAUAAAAAAUUAUACAAUAUACCGUUACGGUGCUUGGUCCAAACCAACAGUACUACCAAUAAGGGAAAGGGAGCUAAUGACACUUUUAGUACUCUGGGAAAGGGAGCUAAUUCUAUGCCUAUGGAGUGUAUUAUUGGAAAGGGAGCUAAUUCUAUGCCUAUGGAGUGUAUUAUUGGAAAGGGAGCUAAUUCUAUGCCUAUGGAGUGUACUGGUGAGAAAAAUCUGAAUGAAAUUGCUGCUGUAACUAAUUCUAGGGAGUCAAGUACUUUUACUAAGGAUAUUUCUAAGACCCCUUCGGGGGGAGUUGGUGAGGAAGUUGGUACCGUAGGACCAGGUUGCCGUGGUACUGACACCGUAACGGAGGAAUUAAAUGAAAAAUUAUAUAAUUUAAUAAAUGAUAUAAAAUUAUUAUAUAAUAAACCAUUAAAAAUUAAUAAUAAUAUUAAAUUAUAUAAAUUUAUUACUUUAUUUAAUGAUUCCGUUACGGUGCUUGCUCCAACCAACAGUACACCUGUACCUGGUAGUACUAACAGUACUAAGGAUCCUACUGGUGCCGUAGGACCAAGCACCGUUACGGAAGAAAAUUCUAUCAACAAUUUUGCUGCACCUAAAGUAGGUACUACAGUACUUACUGGACCAUUAGGUACUAAGGAUACUAAGGAUCCUACUGGACCAAGCACCGUAACUAAGGGAAAGGGAGCUAAUGACACUUUUACUACUCCUGGAAAGGGAGCUAAUUUUACAGCCAUGGAGUGUACCCCUGGAAAGGGAGCUAAUUCUACAGCUAUGGAAUGUACUAGUGAGAAAAUUAGUAAUGAAAUUGCUGUUGUAACUAAAACUGGGGAGUCGAGUACCUUUUCUCUAGAUAGUAAGGAUACUAAGGGUGAGGGAGCUGGGGAGGUAGACCCUUUCGGGGAUUAUGGUACUGAUUGCCGUGGACCUGACACCGUAACGGAGAAUAUAUUUGGAAAUAUGGAAUUAAAUAAAGAAUUAAAUAAUCCAAUUUUAUUCAAUACACAAAUUACACAAACAAAACAACUCAACAAUAUUUCCAUCUUCUCUACUUUCAAUAAUUAUCAAUCAUUAUAUGAUCUAGCCAAUCAAUUUAAUACCGGAACAGGUACAAAUACGGGGUUCAGUAAUACUAAUACAGGGUUUAGUAAUACAAGUACCGGGUUUACCGGAGGAUUUGGUAAUACUGUUGGUAAUACUAGUACAGGGUUUACAGGAGGAUUUGGUAAUACUGGUAAUACUAGUAAUAGUGGAUUUACUGGAUUUACAGGAGGAUUUAGUAAUACUAAGGAAACCCCUUUUGGGGUUAAGGAAUCCCCUUUUGGGAUUAAGGAAUCCCCUUUUGGGAUUAAGGAAUCCCCUUUUGGUACUACUGGUACUACUAGUAAGGAAGUGCCUUUUGGUACUACUGGUACUACUACUAAUGGAGUUGUUAGCCGUGGACCAGACACCGUAACGGAAAAUAUCUGGACAGGAAUUAGAAAAUAUGAUCCACUUAAUUAA